GAGAGCGGGUGUGAUUUCUCCCGGCAGGAGCCGUGGGUGAGGAGCCGCUCGGUGCUCUCUGUCAGCCCGGCGGGUGUCGCCGCUGUGAGGAGCCGCGCGGCCCGUCAGCUGCGGUACCAAGAUCCGGAGGUGUCUCCACGUCGUCUGCGUCUCCAGGCCGCGCGCUCUUCAGCUCACCUGUCAAGUCAGUGAUGGCUGCAAACUUCAUCACUACUGAUGUCUGGGAAGGAAACCGUCAGCAGGAGCGAUACUAGACGCCCAGCCGCAGUCACCGGCCAUAUGUUUUUGAGGAUCUAAAAGGACGUCGCACUGAGGAGCACUGACCUCCUGCCACUGCCUCUCCACUCUUAUGACUUACCUACGCCCAUCCCAGCGCGUUUCGGGGGCCUACUCUAUCCAUUUCAAGUUAAAAUAACUUCUGCAGUGAUCUGUGCACUGAAGAUUCGGGGGAGAGGGGGGCAUGGUUGAUGUUUUCUGAUGGAGGCGCCUGGCAGCGACAGCCUCUGCGAUGACAAUGACCCUGGGGGUAACGAAUACAAGAGGCUGGUGGACGGGGAGCAGAAGGCCCCCAAAGGCUCGCACUUCGACAACAUCAACGUGAUUGGCCAGGGCCUGAAGCACUUGUUUCAGCAUCAGAGACGUCGCUCCUCCGUCUCCCCCCACGAUGUGCAGCAAGUCCAGCCCGAGCCGGAACCAGAACCGGAUCAGGCGCAAGAAUCCGAUGGGAGUGGUCAGCCCACAGCCCUGAAUCGCGUCCUGCAGCAGAUCCGCGCCCCUCCAAAAGUGAGGAGGGGGAGCAGCCUGCAGCAGAACCGCAAAGGCAAGACGCGGGGGAGUCCGCAGAUCGGCCGGCGUUCUGCUCAGGAUAUCAUGGCCGUCCUUUCCCAUCCAGGUCGCCCACGGUCCUCGUCCACCACAGAUGCCUACAUGGCUUCUGCUGCCCUGGAGAUGUCCAGCGCCUCCUAUCUGUCUGGAGAGGAAUCGUCAGAAAAGCUCGAUCGGCUGGAAGGCGGAGGCCUCUCACAGGCAUCCAGUAUGGUGGCCUCGGGGGCGGACGGCAUGUUGGCCGCAGACAUGGUCGACGGAACUCCUGACCCCCAGCGGACCAAGGCGGCCAUCCUGCAGCUGCAGCAGAAGAUCCUCAAGCUGACGGAACAGAUCAAGAUCGAGCAGACGGCCCGAGACGACAAUGUGGCAGAGUACCUGAAGCUGGCGAACAAUGCGGACCGGCAGCAGGGCGCACGGAUCAAGCAGGUGUUUGAGAAGAAGAACCAGAAGUCUUCUCAGAACAUCCUCCACCUGCAGAGGAAGCUGGAGCACUAUCACCGCAAGCUUCGCGAGGUGGAACAGAACGGAAUCGCGCGUCAACCCAAGGACGUCUUACGGGAUAUGCACCAAGGCCUGAAGGGCGUGGGGGCCCGGGUUAGCGGCUUCAGUGAGGGGGUGGUGGACAGUGUUAGGGGUGGACUUUCCAGCUUCUCCCAGGCCACCCACUCGGCCGCAGGGGCAGUAGUGUCCAAGCCCCGGGAGAUCGCCUCCUUGUUACGGAACCGCUUUGGCAGCAGUGACAACAUUUCCUCCCUGGACGAUGGCACCGGCCUGCCCCCAACCCAAGGGGAGGACGGAGCGCAGCAUGGGAAGAGCCUGGCACCUAUGAACAUGUUUCAGGCGAGUCCCAAGUACGGAAGCGAGGAGGACUGCUCCAGCGCCACCUCAGGCUCACUGGGCGCCAACAGUACUAGUGGGGGGCCUGGCGGGGGUGGAGGGGGCAGCUCACGAACAAACACCUUGGAUAUGCAAGGACUGAUGGGGUUUGAAAUGGUGAUUCAGGAGAUCCAGGAAAUGCGGGAAACCCAAAACCAACUGGAGGAGUCUCUGGAAGGACUCAGGAAGCAGUAUCAAAGUGACUACUCCUUCAUCCUCCAGUCCCUGCAGGAGGAAAGGUACAGAUGUGAGCGGCUGGAAGAGCAACUGAAUGACCUCACCGAGCUCCACCAGAACGAGAUUCUCAACUUAAAGCAGGAAUUGGCCAGUAUGGAAGAGAAAAUCGCUUACCAGUCCUACGAGAGGGCGCGAGACAUACAGGAGGCGCUAGAAGCUUGUCAGACCAGGAUCUCCAAGAUGGAGCUACAACAGCAGCAGCAGCAGGUGGUCCAGCUGGAGGGCUUGGAGAAUGCAACCGCUCGAAACCUUCUGGGCAAGCUCAUCAACAUCCUGCUGGCCCUCAUGGCCGUGGUCCUGGUCUUUGUGUCCACUGUGGCUAAUUGCGUUGUCCCGUUACUGAAGACCCGCGGCCGGACGUUGGGGACGCUGCUCCUGGUCCUGCUGGCUGCGCUCCUCUACAAACACUCGGAUACAUUCUCUGGGUACCUGGAGAAACUGCUAUCGCCACCCAGAUAACCAGACUUGUUUUUUUGUUUUGUUUUUUAAUCCCUCCAAGAUUGGGACAUGGAUGGUACAGUCUUUUUAUUUAGAUACACUGGGAGAGCCCAUCUGGCUUGUGCCUAGGGGGUUAUAACUUUUCUGAUUAUAGGGAUAGUCCCCAAAUUGAGGCCAUUUUGAGUUGGAUACCUGCCAAUUCACACUGCCCCGUCCUCCUCACGCCUUAAAAUCCAGGAGGGUCACUGUGGGCAUUCUGCAGCACCCCGACCCCCAACAUGUUUGACUUGUAGUUUCUGGGUUGGACUGGGAGGAAGGGGGCAGUCAGAUGUGAGAGUGUACUGUUUACAUUGUACAAGAGAAUUUUGGACUUUUAUGUGUUUUUACUUUUUUUUGGGGGGGGGGGGGGGGGGGGGGGGGGGGGGCUCUAUUACUGAAGGACAACGGCUGCCAUAUGUUUUAGCUCUGCUAAGCACCAUCCCCUGCCUCCCCCUGUAACCCAGUUCUGUGCCUUCAGGGUCUGUGUCCAGGGGCAGCUCUGACUGCAGCAAGGCAUGCCUGGACUUCCGAUGUGGACGCCGAGUGUUGGCAGUAAAGGCACUCCGACCCACGUCUGCCAUCCUCCCGACCCGGGCAACAUCAGCUCUCCCAAGUGCCUUAUUACAUCCAUCUCUCGGGGAGUGGGGUACAUUUUUGCACCUUGCAACAAAGCUUUGAGGUCAAUAGGGGGGGAGGGGGUCCAAGCUGCCUUUCCACUCUCAGCCCCCUUAAUUAAACCUUUCUUGGCUGGAGCAGAGCCCGAAAGGCAGCGCCCCACGUAAUGCAUUGCAAACGCCUACAGCUACACAUUCCUCCAGGCGGUAGGUGGUGAUGACUCCGGCGGGCGUGAGGAGAGGGGUGACUGAUGCUUCUUCACAAGAUAAAAAGAAGUCCUGUCCGCCCCUCAGCUGCUCAGGAUGUCGUCUUUUCGGCAUCUGCCCUCCUCACCCCUUGUACAAAGACGUCAGCGCAGUAUUUCUGGUUGUUUUUAUUUGUCGUUUCUUGAACUCUUCUUUUGUUUUUUAUAUUUACGGUAGCAGUGAAGCCGCCAUUGUUUGCCAGAGGGGCAGCCGCAGCACUAUCUAGGCCCCUCCGGCAGAGAAAGGCAUGAAAUCGAUUGCCGCACUUUUUCUUAAAGAGAUGUCCGUGCUGCUGAGAGCCACUAGAGGGCACUAGUGGUGUCUGUGGGAGACGCGGAGCGGGUCUGUCUGGAAGCAGCACUCGCUCGGUACAGUGUUCCCUUCUGCUGUGUGUACGGAGGAUUGUUAUAUCCUGUUUCAUAUUUUAAUUAAUAUUAUUUGGAGAGGGGGGGUCUCGAUGAAUAAAAGUCCUGUUU